ACACCGGAAGUUACCCGCCAUUAAACGCAAAGAAGAAGAAGGGUGAAACUAGUGGCUCUUUAUGGUCUUGCACAAAACUGACGUGGUUUGCAAAGUAUGCAGUGAAAAGUAACGUAGGCUGCGUAGUCUUUUCCUGAGCACAAUGGCUACUCAGAGAGUGCUUCCCCAAAGCAAAGAGACUUUACUGCAGAGCUACAACAAGAGAUUGAAAGAUGACAUCAAGUCCAUCCUGGAUAACUUCACCGAAAUUAUCAAAACUGCGAAGAUAGAGGAUGAGACACAGGUUUCUCGACCAACCCAAGCAGAGCAAGACCAUUAUGAGAUGCAUGUACGAGCAGCCAACAUUGUACGUGCCGGUGAGUCCCUGAUGAAGCUGGUUUCAGAUCUGAAGCAGUUCCUGAUUCUGAAUGACUUUCCCUCCGUGAACGACGCCAUCAGCCUCCAGAACCAGCAGCUCCGCUCACUGCAGGACGAGUGUGACAAGAAGCUCACCUCGCUCCGCGAUGAGAUCGCCAUCGACCUGUAUGAGCUCGAGGAAGAAUAUUACUCCUCCAGGUACAAGUAGGCUCAUACUUGCCCCCAUCCCACCGCCCCUCUUUUGUCCCAUGCCCAGCACCAUGUACUGUCUCACCCUUACCAUUCACCACUGAGCCCAGGGAAAGAUUUACUUCUGCCAGCAUCUAAACCUGACUCCUGACAGGGCUGAAUUUAUCUCAUCUUCAUCUGUCAGUCCAAACUGUACAUGAGCACAAUUCAUAAGCCGGGGUUCACUGUAAUGUCCAGUAGAUUUGCACCAUACACGAUGGAGCUCACCUCACUAAGUGACGUUACAUUGUUUUUGAUUCAGUGCCUUGACUGAUUUCCUGCUCUAUUAUUUGUGUCGUAAUUGGUCAAAGUAGAGAGAACAUAAGCAUUAAAGAGGCUGAAUAUCAGUAGUGUAAAUGUUACCAGCUUGAACCACAAGAGGUCAGGAUGCAUUUUUGGGUGCAGUUUUAUUGGCAUGGUUGGAAAGCCAGGGCUCUUCUGGAGACAAGGAUAAAUGUUAUAAUUCUGAAGAGAAAGCACUGCUGUUGAUUUAGGUUUAUUUCUAAAUGGUGAUUCGACUUUUAGCUUCCCACUUUUAUCAAGUACUGAUGGUACAUAGGAGAGAUGAAUGAUUUAAUGGAAUGAAAGUCAUGAGAUUACUGCUCGUAGUUUAUUUAGUACUGAAAUAUUUUAAAAUUUAAGUGAUAACCAGAGAGCAUGAAAAUGCAUAAAAUCAAUAUAAUAGCUCAAUUUUAUUAAAUGAUGACUUACUAGAUAGUUGUUAAAGGCCUAGUUUUAAAACAUAGAAAGAUAGCACCCUUUAAGUGUAAACUAUAUCAGAAAAUAUAUUUUAUAAAUGCAUUAUUCAUUUAAGAUUAUAUGUGUCUAUUUAAGUCAUAAAUAUAAUGGUGAUGCCCUAUAUGCUAGAUUUUGAGGAUAGGUAGAUGUUGGGGAUAGACUAAAGUUAGACACAGCUGUUUGCUGUUAUUUAUUAAAGGUCAAAUCUUAAGUUACUAAUAGUUUUUCAAGCAGAUGUUUUCUGUAAAAGCAGCUAAAUCUUUAUUUUUUUUUACUGAUUCCGUCCCUAAGACCACAAGUGACUCAAGCUGUAACCAUGUAAGCGGUGUCAAUCACACAUGCUGUGGUUGUACAUUUGUACCAGUUGUUCCAAUAGACCCAGAAUGAUUUAAGAAAUAAACUAGAGAGAAAACA